CCUGUUUUCCCCACGGGGCCCCAAGAAGAAUUCUCCACUGUCAGCCUGCGGCUUGGCCGUAAAUGCCUCAGGGCUGCCUCACUGAUAGGACUGGCACUGUGUGUACAGGAAGAUCGAAAUUAAUACAGGAUGAGAGAAACCCAUUUCUGGAUUGGGAGUGGGGGCCCGGCAACGGAGGCGGGAAGGCUGUGUCCUUUAAGGAGCUGCUUCCAGAUUCCGAGGAGGGAGACAAGUCACAAGUGACAGCCUUGGCAGUGAGCGGGGACCUCCUUUUACUAGCCCCAUUGAGCCAUAAGGGUCAAUGAAGUGUUGAGGCUUAGAUGCCCCCUUCCCGUUCGGUUGUCUUCCUGUGGGAAGGAGGUGUGGGAUUUUCCGACCUAACGCCUCAGUCGUACACCUGUGUUCAUGCCCGCGGGUAUAAUACCUUGGUUUUCCCGUUGACAUCUGAAAAAGAGCAAUCCCUCCUCUUGGCCCGCAGACCCUUGGGACAGGAAGAAAGGUCCCCUGAGGCCAGGGGUAGGCUGACCGGUUUCAGGGUUAGCGUCUCCAAAGGGCUGGACUCCAUUUCCCAGCGGGCACCGCGGCACCGCUAACGCCCCCUCCCGUGGAGCGUCCCGGUGUAGGUGAAACCGCGGCCUGCGCCUUCCGGCAUCAGGUCCCCCCGCCGCCCCUGAAUUGGUAGGUUCCACCGCCGAGGCCGCCAGCUUGCCAGCCCGGGAGGCUGGGCACCUCCAAAGCGCGAGCGGGGGGAGGGAAGUCAGGUAAGAGGGACGGUUAGAAAGUCUCAGGGGCAGCUUAUCUUGAGAAGUCGCUUCCAGAUUAAUCCACAUUUCCUCGAGAUGGACUCUAUUACCGUGUCGAAUUAAAAUCUGUUUUAGUAACCUAAAGAAAAAGUGUUCCUGUGGGUCCUCCCCUUGGCACGUAAAGGCGCUGGGCUGGCCCAACGCUCCCCAUCGCGUUCCCACUCCCACACGGAUAGGUGUGUGCGUAGCCGCCUUUCUCCUGAGGUCGGCUCCACCCUUCAGCCCUCGGCUUGGUGCAGCCCUGUCCUCCCGGGGGUGAAUGGUACGGCCCCCGGCCCCCCUCGGCUCCCCCUCCUUCACCGGGUCCGAGUGGUAGGCCCCCCCCCCCCGCCCCCGGUGAGGACGCGGAACUGGCGCGCGCUCUGAGCGGCGUCCGCGCCGGCGAGCGACUGACGCUUGGCUGCAGAGGGUCGCGCGGCCGAACCUGGCCGGUCCUGAGGCUCCAGAGAUAUCAGAAUUCCUCCUGGGAACAUCGACUCCGUGCUUGGUGCCUUGAGGUUUCUCUGAGAUGAACUGAUGUAUUGGAACCAUGGUGCAAAAGAAGAAGUUCUGUCCUCGGUUACUUGACUAUCUAGUGAUCGUAGGGGCCAGGCACCCAAGCAGUGAUAGUGUGGCCCAGACUCCGGAAUUGCUACGGCGAUACCCGUUAGAGGAUCACCCUGAGUUUCCCCUGCCCCCGGAUGUCGUGUUCUUCUGCCAGCCAGAGGGCUGUUUGAGUGUGCGGCAGCGGCGCAUGAGCCUGCGGGACGACACCUCUUUUGUCUUCACCCUCACCGACAAGGACACUGGAGUCACGCGUUAUGGCAUCUGUGUUAACUUCUACCGCUCCUUCCAAAAGCGGGUGCCUAAGGAAAAGGGGGAGGCUGGGGCAGGGUCCCGUGGGAAGGAAGGACCCCGGGCCACCUGCGUCUCAGAAGAGGUUAGCACUGAGAGCUCAGAGAGUGGCUCGACCCUGCAGCCUCCCAGUGCUGACUCGACCCCAGAUGUGAACCAGUCCCCUCGGGGCAAGCGCCGGGCCAAGGCGGGGAGCCGGUCCCGCAACAGCACUCUGACAUCCCUGUGUGUGCUCAGCCACUACCCCUUCUUCUCCACCUUCCGGGAGUGUCUGUACACCCUCAAACGUCUGGUGGACUGCUGUAGCGAGAGGCUGCUGGGCAAGAAACUGGGCCUCCCUCGAGGCAUACAAAGGGACACGAUGUGGCGCAUCUUCACUGGAUCGUUGUUAGUGGAGGAGAAGUCAAGUGCCCUUCUGCACGACCUUCGAGAGAUCGAGGCCUGGAUCUAUCGCUUGCUGCGUUCCCCAGUACCCAUCUCUGGGCAGAAGCGAGUGGACAUUGAGGUCCUGCCCCAGGAGCUCCAGCAAGCUCUGACCUUUGCUCUUCCAGACCCCUCUCGAUUCACCCUAGUGGAUUUCCCACUGCACCUCCCCUUGGAACUUCUGGGUGUGGAUGCCUGUCUUCAGGUGCUAACCUGCAUCCUGCUAGAGCACAAGGUGGUGCUACAGUCCCGAGACUACAAUGCACUCUCCAUGUCUGUGAUGGCAUUUGUGGCAAUGAUCUACCCUUUAGAGUAUAUGUUUCCUGUUAUCCCCCUGCUGCCCACCUGCAUGGCAUCAGCAGAACAGCUGCUGUUGGCUCCAACACCAUACAUCAUCGGGGUCCCUGCCAGCUUCUUCCUCUACAAACUGGACUUCAAAAUGCCUGAUGAUGUGUGGCUAGUGGAUCUGGACAGCAACAGGGUGAUUGCCCCCACCAAUGCAGAAGUGCUACCUAUCCUGCCAGAACCAGAAUCAUUAGAGUUGAAAAAACACUUAAAACAGGCCCUUGCCAGCAUGAGUCUCAACACCCAGCCCAUCCUCAAUCUGGAGAAAUUCCAUGAAGGCCAGGAGAUCCCCCUUCUCUCGGGAAGGCCAUCUAAUGACCUGCAGUCCACACCAUCCACUGAAUUCAACCCACUCAUCUAUGGCAAUGAUGUGGAUUCUGUGGAUGUCGCAACCAGAGUGGCCAUGGUCCGUUUCUUCAACUCCCCCAACGUGCUGCAGGGCUUUCAGAUGCACACGCGUACCCUGCGUCUCUUCCCCCGGCCUGUGGUAGCUUUCCAGGCUGGCUCCUUUCUAGCCUCACGUCCCCGGCAGACUCCUUUUGCUGAGAAGUUGGCCAGGACUCAGGCUGUGGAGUACUUUGGAGAGUGGAUCCUCAACCCCACCAACUAUGCCUUUCAGCGGAUUCACAACAACAUGUUUGAUCCAGCCCUGAUUGGUGACAAGCCAAAGUGGUACGCACACCAGCUGCAGCCCAUCCACUAUCGAGUCUAUGACAGCAGCUCCCAGCUGGCUGAGGCACUGAGUGUGCCGCCGGAGCGCGACUCUGACUCUGACCCUACUGAUGACAGUGGCAGUGACAGUAUGGAUUAUGAUGACUCAAGCUCUUCGUACUCCUCCCUUGGUGACUUUGUCAGUGAGAUGAUGAAAUGUGACAUCAAUGGCGAUACUCCUAAUGUGGAUCCUCUGACACAUGCCGCGCUGGGGGAUGCCAGUGAAGUAGCGAUUGAUGACCUACAAAACCAGAAGGAAGCAGAGGAACCUGGCCCGGAUAGUGAGAACUCUCAAGAAAACCCCCCUCUGCGUUCUAGCUCCAGCACCACCGCCAGCAGUAGCCCCAGCACCAUCAUCCAUGGAGCCGGUUCUGAGCCUGCCGACUCAGUGGAGAUGGAUAAUAAAGCAGCAGUAGGCAUCUCUAAGCCCCUCGCCACCAUGCCUCCCAGCAUCGGCAAAUUGAACGUGGACCGGCAUCAGGCGGAAAUUGGAGAGGGGUCAGUGCGCCGCCGAACCUAUGACAGUCCACACUUCGAGCCCCAAUAUGGCUUUCCCCCUGAAGAAGAUGAUGAUGAGCAGGGGGAAAGUUAUACUCCCCGAUUCAGCCAACAUGUCAAUGGCAAUCGGGCUCAAAGGCUGCUGCGGCCCAACAGCUUGAAACUGGCAAGUGACUCAGAUGCAGAGUCAGACUCUCGAGCGAGCUCGCCCACCUCCACCGUCUCCAACAACAGCACCGAGGGCUUCGGGGGCAUCAUGUCUUUUGCCAGCAGCCUGUAUCGGAACCACAGUACAAGCUUCAGUCUUUCAAACCUCACACUGCCUACCAAAGGUGCCCGAGAGAAGACCACGCCCUUCCCCAGUCUGAAAGUAUUUGGGCUAAAUACUCUAAUGGAGAUUGUUACUGAAGCCGGCCCCGGGAGUGGUGAAGGAAACCGGAGGGCCUUAGUGGACCAGAAGUCAUCUGUCAUUAAACACAGCCCAACAGUGAAGAGAGAGCCUCCAUCACCUCAGGGCCGAUCCAGCAAUUCUAGUGAGAACCAGCAGUUCCUGAAGGAGGUGGUGCACAGCGUGCUGGAUGGCCAGGGAGUUGGCUGGCUCAACAUGAAGAAGGUGCGGCGGCUGCUGGAGAGCGAGCAGUUGCGAGUGUUUGUCCUGAGCAAGCUGAACCGCACGGUGCAGUCAGAGGACGAUGCCCGGCAGGACAUCAUCCCAGAUGUGGAGAUCAGUCGGAAGGUGUACAAGGGCAUGUUAGACCUGCUCAAGUGCACGGUCCUCAGUCUGGAGCAGUCCUACGCCCACGCAGGUCUGGGUGGCAUGGCCAGCAUCUUUGGGCUUCUGGAGAUCGCCCAGACCCACUACUAUAGUAAAGAACCAGACAAGCGGAAGAGAAGUCCAACUGAGAGUGUAAAUAUACCAGUUGGCAAGGAUCCUGGCCUGGCUGGGCGAGGAGACCCAAAGGCCGUGGCACAGCUGAGAGUCCCCCAGCUGGGGCCUUGGGCACCAAGUGCCACAGGAAAGAGUCCCAAGGAACUGGACACCAGAAGUCUAAAGGAAGAGAAUUUUGUGGCAUCAAUUGGGCCUGAAGUAAUCAAACCCACCUUUGACCUUGGGGAGACAGAGGAGAAAAAGUCCCAAGUCAGCGCAGACAGUGGUGUGAGCCUGACAUCUGGUUCCCAGAGGACUGAUCCGGACUCUGUCAUCGGUGUGAGUCCAGCUGUUAUGAUCCGAAGCUCAAGUCAGGACUCUGAAGUUAGCACCGUGGUAGGGGAACACCACGCUGGCAUCUUGGUGAGUAAUAGCUCUGGAGAGACUCUUGGAGCAGACAGUGACCUGAGCAGCAAUGCAGGUGAUGGACCAGGCGGUGAGGGAAGUGCCCGCUUGGCAGGCUCUCGGGGCACUUUGUCUGAUAGUGAAAUUGAAACCAACUCUGCCACCAGUGCCAUCUUUGGUAAAGCCCACAGCUUGAAGCCAAGUGUAAAGGAGAAGCUGAUGGGCAGCCCAGUUCGCUCCUCCGAAGACGUAAGCCAGCGUGUCUAUCUCUACGAGGGACUCCUAGGAAGGGACAAAGGAUCGAUGUGGGACCAGUUAGAGGACGCUGCUAUGGAGACCUUUUCUAUAAGCAAAGAGCGUUCUACUUUAUGGGACCAAAUGCAGUUCUGGGAAGAUGCGUUCUUAGAUGCUGUGAUGUUGGAGAGAGAAGGGAUGGGUAUGGACCAGGGUCCCCAGGAAAUGAUAGACAGGUACCUGUCCCUUGGAGAACAUGACCGGAAGCGUCUAGAGGAUGAUGAGGAUCGUUUGCUGGCCACACUCUUGCACAACCUCAUCUCCUACAUGCUGCUGAUGAAGGUGAAUAAGAAUGAUAUCCGGAAGAAGGUGAGGCGCCUGAUGGGAAAGUCCCAUAUUGGGCUUGUGUACAGCCAGCAAAUCAACGAAGUGCUUGACCAGCUGGCAAACUUGAACGGACGUGACCUCUCCAUCCGAUCCAGUGGCAGCCGGCACAUGAAGAAGCAGACCUUUGUGGUACAUGCUGGGACAGACACAAAUGGAGAUAUCUUUUUCAUGGAGGUGUGUGACGACUGCGUGGUGUUGCGUAGUAACAUCGGGACAGUGUACGAGCGCUGGUGGUACGAGAAGCUCAUCAACAUGACCUACUGUCCUAAGACCAAGGUGCUCUGCUUGUGGCGCAGAAACGGUUCUGAGACCCAGCUCAACAAGUUCUACACCAAGAAGUGUCGGGAGCUGUACUACUGCGUGAAGGACAGCAUGGAGCGCGCUGCCGCCCGACAGCAGAGCAUCAAACCGGGACCGGAACUAGGUGGCGAGUUCCCUGUGCAGGACAUGAAGACUGGCGAGGGCGGCUUGCUACAGGUCACCCUAGAAGGAAUCAAUCUCAAGUUCAUGCACAGCCAGGUUUUCAUAGAGCUGAAUCACAUUAAAAAGUGCAAUACAGUUCGAGGCGUCUUUGUCCUGGAGGAAUUUGUUCCUGAAAUUAAAGAAGUGGUGAGCCACAAGUACAAGACACCAAUGGCCCACGAGAUCUGCUACUCUGUGCUGUGUCUCUUCUCGUAUGUGGCUGCCGUGCGUAGCAGUGAGGAAGACCUCAGAACCCCACCCCGACCUGUCUCCAGCUGAUGGCAAGUGGUUAAGGCUGCCACAGCCCAGGGGCUGCGCCUUGCCUCUCACCGUUCCCAAGUGCACGGAGCUGCCGUGACUGAGGAGUGGGUGAUGCAUGUGUGUCCUCUGAAAGCCCCUGCUGCAGCUUAGAUGGGUCCCUGUUGUGCGUCCCGGUGUGUCUCUCACAGGGCAGAGCUAGUCUCUUUCACUUUCUCCCUCUCCACCCCCGGAACACCUGCCUCCUGUUCCCUCAGAGCUCAGAAGUAUGUGUGUGUUUGUGUAUGUGUCUGUUGGGCCAGUGGCUUCUAAGAACUCUUGAGAGUACAGGCCAGUGUGAGCCCGCCAGUACGUGUCCCUGAGACAUUUGUGUUGUCUCCUCGUCCUUGGCAUUGUAACCCUCCAGGGUUAAUGAGAGCUCAGGCUCUCAGUCCUCUGUGAUCUGGCACCACUGGGUGCCUGGAGUCACGCUGGGGAGUAGGGAAGCUCAAGGCCUGUCCCUUUAGACGUAGGGGCAAGUGGGGAAAGGAAGGGAGAGUCAAGGGGCAGCAGAGCGAGUGGCAACCUCCCUGCUUCCUUAGGUGUUUCCCAAGCUGGCAGCUACUGCCCAUGGGCACAAGCCUCGCCACUGCUACCACAGCCUCCACCACUGCAGUGGGGCCGUGCUGACUGGCCGUUUGCAGAGCAGCGGGUUCCCUGUGGUCUGCCUGGCCUUUGGCAGGAGGAACAGAAUGGCUGGGGCUAGGAGAGUCCCGGGGCCCCUCAGCUCCUAUGCCCAGGAACCUGGUGGGGUGGGUAAAGGCCAAGCUCAGGAGCCGUAUCUUUGUCUGCAGGCAGUGUCUCAGGACUGGAUGCCAGGAGGGAGAGCCUGGGAGUGGGCAAGAGAUUACUGUAAAUAUUUCAGCUCCGUAUUAUUUAUAGAAAAUGUACAGAUGUGUGAAUGUGAAAUAAAUGUCCUUAACUCCC